CAGGGCCAGCACCAAGAAUAAGUAACCCACCCAGCGCAUUUUAGCAACCGCAAGUUCAAAAUGGCGCACCCGAUUGCGGAGGCGAACGAGCAAAGCCCCUUCGGCGCGUUAACUCCGGAGGCCUUCUAUUCCCGCCACAACGUCUCCCACGCCUCCGAGUACACCACAAACCCCAGAGGCCUCAAGCUCUUCACCCAGUGGUGGACCCCGCUGCCUCCGACUGAGAUCGUCGGGACCCUCGCCAUCGUCCACGGCUACACCGGCGAGACCAGCUGGUUCGUCCAGCUCACCGCCGUCCAUUUCGCCAAGUCCGGCUUCGCCGUCUGCGCCAUCGACCACCAGGGCCAUGGAUUCUCUGAUGGACUCGUCGCUCACAUCCCCGACAUCAACCUCGUAGUCGACGACUGCAUCUCUUUCUUCGACUCGUUUCGUGCCAACCACGCGCCGAAGAACCGCCCCUCGUUCCUCUACUCUGAGUCCCUCGGCGGCGCGAUCGCCCUUCUCAUCACGCUCCGGCAAGGAAGCGGCGCGUGGGACGGUCUCAUCCUCAACGGCGCCAUGUGCGGGAUCAGCCCCAAGUUCAAGCCGCCGUGGCCGCUCGAGCACCUGCUCUUCCUCGUGGCCGCGGUGAUCCCGACGUGGCGGGUGGUUCCCACGCGUGGGUCGCUCCCGGACGUGUCGUUCAAGGAGGAGUGGAAGCGGAAGCUGGCGCUGGCGAGUCCGAGGAGGUCGGUGGCGAGGCCACGCGCUGCGACGGCGCUUGAGCUGCUGAGAGUGUGCAAGGAGUUGCAGGGGAAAUUCGAGGAGGUGGAGGUGCCACUGCUGAUAGUCCAUGGCGGCGAUGACGUCGUCUGCGACCCCGCGUGCGCGGAGGAGCUGUACAGGCGCGCGUCGAGCAAGGACAAAACGCUCAGGAUCCAUGAGGGCCUGUGGCACCAGCUGGUUGGCGAGUCCCAGGAGAAUGUGGAUUUGGUGUUCGGUGAAAUGGUGGAGUGGCUUCGUACUCGAGCUGAACGCGCCGCCGCCGCGAAUGGAGGUGGUGGUGCCUAGUGUAGAACUCUACGGCUUGGUCCUUAGUUUAGCUGAACUUGUAGGAAGGAAGAAGAAGCAAAUGCAGCCAAUGACGGCAUGACAUGUCACUUCAAGUUUAAAUAAUGGGAACUGGAUCCCUCUGGAUCCAAAUAUACUAAGUCUGCUGAGCAAGAAUCUAGACCGUUGAAAUUUGAUUCAAUGACUACAAUUAUUAUAACUCUUAGAUGACCUCCUGUUUAUAGUCGUUGGAUCAAAUUUCAACAAUCUGAAUCCCUUACUCAGCAGUCUCAGUUUUAUUAAGUCGGAGGGGAUUUAGUUUCAAAUAAAUGUAUUAGUAAUUAAUUAAAGAAUUUAUAUUGCUUCA